GCAGGUGCCAUGACUCAGCAGCCCCAGGAGGACUUUGACAGGAGCGUGGAGGAUGCCCAGGCAUGGAUGAAGGCUGUGCAGGAUCAGCUGCAGGUCAAUGACAACACGCAGGGGCCCCGCGCGGCCCUGGAGGCCAGGCUGUGGGAGACCGAGAAAAUAUGCCAGCUGGAGCCCGAGGGGCGUGUGAAGGUGGACCUCGUGCUACAGAUGGCCGAAGCCCUCUUGGCAUGCUGCCCUGGGGACCAGAAGCCUGGGAUCCUGGCCCGGCUGAAGGACAUCAAGGCCCAGUGGGAGGAGACGGUCACCUACAUGACUCACUGUCACAGCCGCAUUGAGUGGGUGUGGCUGCACUGGAGCGAGUACCUGCUGGCCCGAGACGAGUUCUACCGCUGGUUCCAGAAGAUGAUGGUCACGCUGGAGCCCCACAUUGAGCUCCAGCUGGGCCUGAAGGAGAAGCAGUGGCAGCUGAGCCACGCCCAGGUGCUGCUGCACAACGUGGACAACCAGGCAGUGCUCCUGGACCGGCUGCUGGAGGAGGCAGCCUCUCUGUUCAACAGGAUCGGGGACCCCAGCGUGGACGAAGAUGCCCAGAAGAGAAUGAAGGCUGAGUACGAUGCAGUGAAGGCCAAGGCCCAGGACCGGGUAGAUCUGCUGGAGCAGGUGGCCUGGGAGCAUGAGGAGUACCAGGCAGGCGUGGACGAGUUCCAACUGUGGCUGAAGGCGGUGGUGGAGAAGGUGAAUGGCUGCCUGGGGCGGAACUGCAAGCUGCCCAUCACGCAGCGCCUCUCCACACUGCAGGACAUAGCGAAAGAUUUUCCCAGGGGCGAGGAGUCUCUGGGGAGGCUGGAGGAGCAGUCUGUGGGUGUCAUUCGGAACACCUCUCCUUUGGGUGCAGAGAAGAUCACCGGAGAACUGGAAGAGAUGAAGAAAGUUCUGGAGAAGCUGCGCGCCCUCUGGGAGGAGGAGGAGGAGCGGCUGCGGGGCCUGCUCCAGUCCAGGGGAGCCUGUGAGCAGCAGAUUAAGCAGCUGGAGGCUGAGCUCAGUGAGUUCAGGAUGGUCCUGCAGAGGCUGGCCCAGGAGGGCCUGCAGCCUGCGGUGAAGGCGGGGACCGAGGAUGAGCUGGUGGCACACUGGAGACGCUACUCGGCAACACGGGCGGCGCUGGCCUCGGAGGAGCCCCGGGUGGACCGGCUGCAAGCCCAGCUGAAGGAGCUCAUCGUCUUCCCCCACAACCUGAAGCCACUCUCCGAUAGUGUGGUUGCUGCCAUCCAGGAGUAUCAGAGCCUGAAGGUGAAGAGCGCCAGGCUGCGCAAUGCCGCGGGGGUGGAGCUGUGGCAGCAUUUCCAGCGGCCUCUGCAGGAUCUGCAGCUGUGGAAGGCCCUGGCCCAGCGGCUCCUGGAGGUCACUGCCAGCCUGCCGGACCUGCCUUCCCUCCACACCUUCCUGCCCCAGAUCGAGGCAGCCCUGAUGGAAAGCUCCCGCCUGAAAGAGCUGCUGACGAUGCUGCAGCUGAAGAAAGACCUCUUGAUUGGCGUCUUUGGCCAGGAGAGAGCCACGGCACUCCUGGAGCAGGUGGCAGGUUCCGUGAGGGACAGAGACCUGCUGCAUAACAGCCUCCUGCAGAGGAAAAGCAAACUGCAGAGCCUGCUCGCUCAGCACAAAGACUUUGGAGCAGCUUUCGAGCCCCUGCAGAGGAAGCUCUUGGACCUCCAAGUCAGGGUCCAAGCCGAGAAGGGGCUUCAGCGGGACCUUCCUGGAAAACAGGCCCAGCUCUCGAGGUUGCAGGGGCUGCAGGAAGAGGGGCUGGACCUGGGGGCACAGAUGGAGGCUGCGAGGCCUCUGGUCCAGGAGAAUCCCAACCACCAGCACAAAAUGGACCAGCUUUCCUCCGACUUCCGGGCCCUGCAGAGGUCUCUGGAGGACCUUGUGGACAGGUGUCAGCAGAGCGUGCAGGAGCACUGUACCUUCAGCCACCAGCUGCUGGAGCUGCAGCAGUGGAUCGCCGUGACCACGCAAAAGCUGGAGGCACACCGGGGAGAGGCGGGCCCAGGGGAUGCUGAGUCCCAAGAGGCCGAGUUUGAGAGGCUGGUGGCAGAAUUCCCGGAGAAGGAGGCCCAGCUGUCCCUGGUGGAGGCGCAGGGCUGGCUGGUGAUGGAGAAGACUUCUCCGGAGGGUGCUGCCAUGGUGCAGGUGGAGCUCAGGGAGCUGGCAGAGUCGUGGCGGGCCUUGAGACUGCUGGAAGACAGUCUGCUGAGCCUCAUCAGAAACUGGCAUCUGCAGAGGAUGGAAGUGGAUUCGGGGAAGAAAAUGGUUUUCACCAACAAUAUCCCGAAGUCGGGAUUUCUCAUCAACCCCGUGGAUCCUAUUCCCAGGCAUCGUCGACGCGUAAAUCUACAGGAAGAAGAAGGGAGCCAUGAAGAUUUCUCCCAGCUCCUGAGGAACUUUGAGGAGUGGUUGCAGGUGGAAAACUCCAAGCUGGUUAGAAUCAUCGCAAUGAGAACUUCUACAGCCGAGGACUUGAGGACCAGAAAAUCGAAGCUGCAGGAGCUGGAGGCUCGGGUGCCAGAAGGUCAGCAUCUCUUUGAGAACCUCCUUCGUCUCGGGCCAGCAAGGGGGACCUCGGAUGAGCUGGAAGAUCUGCGCUACCAGUGGAUGCUGUACAAGUCCAAGCUGAAGGACUCCGGUCACCUGCUGACACAAAGUUCUCCAGGGGAGCCGACUGGAUUCCAAAAGACUCGGCGGUGGCGAGGACUGGGCUCCCUCUUCCGGAGGGUGUGCUGUGUGGCACUCCCACUGCAGCUGCUUCUGCUGCUGUUCCUCCUCCUGCUGUUCCUGCUCCCAAUCAGGGAAGAGGACCGCAGCUGUACCCUGGCCAACAACUUCGCCCGCUCCUUCACGCUCAUGCUGCGCUACAAUGGCCCACCACCCACCUAACCCACUGGGGCACACAGGUGACUUUCUUCUCCAACCUCCAUCAGUCCCAGGGCCCCUCCUGAGGAUGCCCACCGGGGAAACUGGAAACAGUGGCAGGCCAAAGACUGCAGAGCUGCAUCCGUAUCAGUGCUGUGUCAGCGUUCCCAGAACACACUUACUUUUUAUACAGUCUUGUCUUAGUCUAUUUAUACUAACUGUGUACUACAUGUGACUAGGGAAUAAUGUCUAGAAUUUUUAUAUGAUCUGUAUGCAAAUGCUCAGUAUGUAUAAUUUCAUAUACGAGGUCUAUUUGGAGUUGGGAAAAUUCCUAGCAAUGUCUCCCUCCACUGGGA